UUCCUGGGUCGCGACGGGCACCCGAGAGAAUCAUUAAAAGAGGAGCCAGGUCCUGCCUGCCUUUCGCAUCAGCUUUGGCAUAAACAAAAAAGACACGUAUUCCGAAUUCCGAAUCAAUGUAUCCCGCAGCCCCACCCGACGCGUAUAACAAGUUCAGCACCGGAGCUCCGCCAACGGCACCGCCGCCGGUAGCAUACCAGCACCACCACGGGAUGAAUCCUCCGCGUUCCGGCGGCGGGCUGAACACAUGGUCCACCGGUCUUUUCCACUGUAUGGACGACCCGGGGAACUGUCUCAUCACUUGCAUGUGCCCCUGCAUUACCUUUGGGCAGAUCGCCGACAUCGUGGAUAAAGGGACCUGCUCAUGUAUUGCGAGUGGGAUGAUCUACGGGCUCAUCUGCGCGUCGACGGGGCUGGGGUGCCUGUACUCGUGCCUCUACCGAUCCAAGCUGAGGGCGCAGUACGACCUGGACGAGGGGGAGUGCCCCGACUUCCUGGUGCACUGCUGCUGCGAGCAUCUGGCGCUGUGCCAGGAGUACCGGGAGCUCAAGAACCGCGGCUUCGACCUGGGGAUCGGUUGGGAUGCCAACGUCGAGCGGCAGAGGCGAGGCGUCGCCGGAGGAGCGGUGAUGGGAGCGCCGGCCAUGCCGCUCGGCAUGAUGAGGUGAUGGCUGUAAAAUGUUGGUGCUUUGCUUUCAUGAAUUCUGUGAUGCUCUGUCCUUCGGGCUUUUUCUUGUCUGGAGAUUAAUGCCUAUGUUUUCAGUUGGGUGUGUACUGUAUAACUGCGUAUUGUCUGUGUACUUGGUAUCUGUAAUGUACUCUAAUUAAGUGGAUUUCAUGUAACCUAUGAAUUUAUUAUCAGUUUAGAUGUUACGAAGAUGGUAAUAGGUUUGACGA